GAACAUACCAAUUCUCAAAAUUGAUAAAAAUAAGAUUUUUUUUUUAAUUUUUUUUUUUUCCCUAUUGGAACUAUCAACUACUCAGUCCUCACUCAGUACUUCAGUACUGAGUAAGUGAGUAGUUGGUUUAUCAAUAAUAAACUGGGUCAAUGCACUCACUAUUAAAGAGAUCCAAUUGAAUUUUUAUGAAGAAAAUUCACAAAUAUAAUUGGGAUUGUUUAUCAAAGAGGGGGACACAAGAAAUGGCAAUCCGAGCUGACAGAAAGAAUCAUUUCAUGUCAGUAGAAUUUGCAAUGCAAAGAGAGAUGAAUUACAGGAAAAAGCUGGAAUUAAAAGUUUCUGCCCAAUCUCACUUACCAGAGGUGCCAAGACCGACUUCAAGCCAAGAUACAAGGGGAACACCUCGGGCAACUGUGAAUUUGAAUAUGAAUUCAGCUUACUUGCCUCAGAAUCACGGUUCAGUACCACCUGCAAGGCCUUCUCCGUAUCCAUAUCCCCCACAUAUAAGACCAAGCCCAAGUUCAUGUCCAUCCCGGUCUGCUGAUCAGCACCGGAAUGGCCCUGUACCUCUUCCAGAGGGAAUUUUCACAUGCAAAGUUUGUCAGCUUGACUGCAAAACUGGCUUCAAUCUACUGUCACACUACCAGGGUCAAAAGCACAAGGCCAAAGUGCGAGGUGAAAAGGGUAAGGAAGUUGCUGUUGGAUCAUCAACACCGAGAGAAAAUGAGAAACGACCCUACUGUGAUGUGUGUCGGAUCUGGUGUGCUGACGAGUAUACUUUCAGGCUGCACUUCAGCUGCACGAAUCACAUUCUCAAACAGUAUGAUUGGCUGAUGAAAAAAAGGAUGGUCUUAUAAUACUGUAUGAUUAUAUCAGACAGUUAAUGCUCUCUAAUAAUGCCAUUUUAUAUCAGGUGAGGGGAGGACUAACAAAAUGUUUGUCGUUCAUCCUUCAUUCAUGAAUUUUAUUCAUCAAAGUUCUGCUGCAUUUUCUGCAUUUGAGAAAAUGUAUGGAUCUUCCUUCCAGGAUACUAGAAAUGUAUGGUUAAUUUUCUCUAUUAAUAAAUUCGUCCACUGCCUUUUGUUUCGA